CCUGCGCCUCCGCUCCGUCCCCCGCGAGUCUGCUCUGUGUGCCAUGGACGGCAUCGUCCCAGACAUAGCAGUCAGUACAAAGCGGGGAUCCGAUGACGAGCUCUUCUCCACGGGUGUCGGCAACGGCCCCUUCAUCAUGAGCAGCUCGGCUUCAGCAGCCAAUGGAAAUGAUAGCAAGAAGUUUAAAGGUGACAAUAGGAGCACGGGAGUCCCUUCCAGAGUGAUCCAUGUCCGCAAGCUGCCCAGUGAUGUCACUGAGGGCGAGGUCGUCUCUCUGGGACUGCCUUUUGGGAAGGUUGCCAACCUCCUUAUGCUGAAGGGGAAGAACCAGGCCUUCAUUGAAAUGAACACAGAGGAGGCUGCCAACACCAUGGUUAACUACUAUACGUCAGUGGCACUGGUGCUGCGUGGACAGCCCAUCUACAUCCAGUUCUCCAAUCACAAGGAGCUCAAAACUGACAGCUCACCCAACCAGGCACGUGCCCAGGCAGCCCUGCAGGCUGUAAACUCUGUGCAGUCUGGAAACCUGGCCUUGGCAGCCUCUGCUGCUGCUGUGGAUGCUGGGAUGGCAAUGGCAGGCCAGAGCCCAGUGCUCAGGUUCAUUGUAGAAAACCUCUUCUACCCAGUGACCCUGGAUGUUCUGCACCAGAUUUUCUCUAAGUUUGGCACAGUCCUGAAGAUCAUCACAUUCACCAAGAAUAAUCAGUUCCAGGCCCUGCUGCAGUAUGCUGACCCUGUGAGCGCCCAACAUGCCAAGCUGUCACUGGAUGGCCAGAAUAUCUACAAUGCCUGCUGCACAUUGCACAUCUACUUCUCCAAGCUCACUAGUCUCAAUGUCAAAUACAACAAUGACAAGAGCAGAGAUUACACUCAGCCUGACUUGCCCUCUGGGGACAGCCAGCCUUCGCUGGACCAGACCAUGGCUGCAGCCUUUGGUCUCUCUGUUCCUAAUGUCCACGGAGCGCUGGCCCCCCUGGCCAUACCUUCGGCUGCUGCGGCUGCUGCGGCUGCUGCAGCUGGCCACAUUGCCAUUCCAGGCUUGGCAGGUGCCGGAAAUUCUGUCCUUCUAGUCAGCAACCUGAACCCUGAGAAAGUCACACCCCAAAGCCUCUUUAUUCUCUUCAGAGUCUGUGGUGAUGUGCAGCGGGUGAAGAUUCUGUUCAACAAGAAGGAAAAUGCACUUGUCCAGAUGGCGGAUGGCAGCCAGGCCCAGUUGGCCGUGAGCUACCUGAAUGGGCACAAGCUACAUGGGAAGUCAGUGUGCAUCACACUGUCAAAGCAUCAGAGUGUGCAGCUGCCUCAUGAGGGACAGGAGGACUAGGGCCUGACCAAGGACUAUGGAAGCUCACUACUGCAUCGCUUUAAGAAGCUGGGCUCCAAAAACUUCCAGAACAUCUUCACACCCUCAGCUACCACCACUGUGUCAGAGGAUGAUCUCAAGAGCCUCUUUUCCAGCAACAGUGGUGUGGUCAAAGGCUUCAAGUUCUUCCAGAAGGACCGGAAGAGGGCACUGAUCCAGAUGGGAUCUGUGGAGGAGGCUGUGCAGGCACUGAUUGAACUGUACAACCAUGACCUGGGCGAGAACCACCACCUGCGUGUGUCCUUCUCUAAGUCCACCAUCUAGGUGCCUGUGGGCCUGCAACAGCUUCCACCAUUCCAGAAAAGCCACUUUAAAAAGCAGCUGAAGUGACCUUACAGACCAGAGAUUUUAUUUUUUUAAAGAGAGAUCAGUUUACCCAUUUUUUAAAAAAUUAAAUCUAGUCCACCUUGCCAUGGCCAGAAAUGGCUUUGGGCCACAGAGGCCCACUCAGGCCAGGCACCAUGCCUUGAGGGGCUCAGGUAUAAGGCCACAGCGGUGCCCCGAACACAGCCGCUUUCUUGUGCCUUACAAAACCAGCCCACCUUGUGGCUGCUCACCCAGCCUCUUAGGCCACCAGUCUGUCUAGACCUGCAGGUGAGCCAGAUGGCCUGCAGCACAA